AUGACUACUUUGAUUAUUCGACUACUCCGCUACGAUCUGGUCAUUUUUUUCGUAUUAUUACAACUUAAUGUUUUAUACGGUAGUCAAUAUAAUGAUAAAAAACGAAUCAGUUUGAAUUAUCUUCUUGAAAAACGUUUUCAUUUUUCGCUGUCGAAAAAAGUCGAUCUACUAUACGAAACGGGUGAUGAUUUCGACGAAAUCAACGGUGAAAUUGAUAUUGAUCUAUUGAAUAGUUUAAAUGAAAUAGAUUUAAAUCAUAUGCCGGUUAUUGAUGACUAUUCAGACAAUGAUCAAGCUCUCGAAUGGCUCAACUGGUAUACAAAGAUUGAACGGCGAUAUAUGCAAAUAUCAGCUCUUUUAUCAUGGAAUUAUGAGACAAAUAUAACACAAGAAAAUGAAGAAAAACAAAUAAAACAAAAGUUAAUUACAACUCCAUUUAGUAGACAAACAUUACCAAUCAUUAAAAAGUUUAAUAAAUACAUGAAAUAUUCGACGGAUUAUGAUUUAAAACGUAUCUAUGGUCUUGCAGCACUCGGUACCGUAGUAAAAGAUGAUCGUGAUGUAGAAAAAGGAUCACAGCUACAUUCGCAAAUGGACAGUAUCUAUUCGACAGCAACGGUUUGUGAAUUGAAAGACCCAAACGAAUGUUAUCAAUUGACUCCCAUGUUAGAAAACUUGAUGCAUGUUGAAAAAGACUAUGAUCGUCUAUUGUGGGCGUGGAAGGGUUGGCAUGAUGAAUGUGGGAACAAAAUUCGACCAAUUUAUUUAGAUUAUAUCAAUUUGUUAACGAAAAAUAUUCAAGAGAAUGGUUAUCAAGAUUUAGCUGAAAGUUGGAUAGAAGACUACGAGAUAAAACACGGCUUUGAAGAUAUGCUCGAUCAAUUAUUACUAGAUAUAUUACCGUUAUACAAGCAGAUACAUGCUUAUAUGAGAGGAAAAUUAUGUAAAAAGUAUCCGAAUAGAUUUGAUUGCAAUGGACCAAUACCCGCUCAUCUUUUGGGAAAUAUGUGGGCACAACAAUGGCAUGAUCGUCUCGAUGAUGUCCUACCCUAUCCAGAAAAUCCAUUGGCGAAUAUAACAAAAAUUUUGUUAGAUAGAAAAGUAACCAUUCAUCAAAUGUAUCUUUUAGCUGAAAAUUUUUUUACAUCAAUUAAUUUGGAUUCUAUGACCAAAACUUUUUGGUCUAAGUCUAUGUUCGAAAAACCAAACGAUCGUGCUGCUAUUUGCCACGCUUCUGCAAGCGAUAUGGCCAAUACUAAUGAUUAUAGAGUUAAAAUAUGCACAGAAAUAAAUGAUGACAACUUGUAUACGGUUCAUCAUGAAAUGGGACAUGUUGAAUACUACAUGGCUUAUGAUAAGACGCAGCCAAUUGUUUAUAGAACUGGAGCGAAUUCAGCAUUUCAUGAAGCAAUUGGUGAUACAAUUGGCAUGUUCGUCUUAUCCCCAACACAUCAAGCAACACUGGGUUUCAUUGAUAAAACCAUUAUCAACGAAAAAUAUGAGAUGAAUUUUUUGAUGCGUAUGGCCCUACAAAAGGUGGCAUUUCUUCCCUUCGCCUAUAUCAUGGAUAAAUACCGGUUUGCACUGUUUCGUAAUGAGAUUGAUGUAUCAAAAUUAAAUAGUGUCUGGUGGGAUAUGAGACUGAAAUAUGGAGGCCUAAUGCCACCUGUUGAACGUUCGGAACAAAAUUUUGAUCCCGGCGCAAAAUAUCAUAUACCAUCGAAUGUACCAUACACACGAUAUUUUCUCGCACACAUCCUUCAGUUUCAAUUUCAUCGUGCUCUUUGCAAAAUUGGUCGAAAUGAACAGCCUCUACACUUGUGUGAUAUUUAUAAGCAGAAAAGUGUUGGAAACAGAUUUUAUCAAAUGUUAGCAGCGGGUAAUUCUCGUCAUUGGUCCGAAAUUCUUGAAACACUAACAGGUGAAAAUACAUUUCAAUCACAAGCCAUUUUAGAUUAUUUUCAACCAUUGUACAAAUGGAUUAAACAAGAAAAUAUCAGAUUGGGCUAUCCUGUUGGAUGGUAA